AUGAAGAUCUCAUACGGGAUCGUUAUUGCUCUCGCCUUGGCCGGUAUCGCGGAGCCAAAAUUGUCAUCGAAAAGAGAGAAAAGAGGCGUAGCUAUAUUAGGACCAUCUGGCUACGACCUUUUUGGAGUGCAGCCAAUUUUUUCUUCCGGUUCAUGGUCUCCGACUGGUUUUGGAUCUGCUCCUUGGAACCCUACGGGAGUACCAGAUAUCCCGUUGACGCAAGUUCAGGUUCAAGCCACACACGAUGUCGCUAUUCAGACGUUAAAGGAGCCGGGUCGUAGUACACCUAGUGUCGCCUAUACACCGGAUGUAUUGAAAGCUAUUCAACAGGCUAAGGAAGCCAAUCAAAAUGUAAAUUGGGCACAGCAAAAGGUAGCAGAAGCUAAACAGGCUGCUGUAGUGCAGCAGAAAGUGGCUCUCGCCAAAGAAGCUGCAGCCAGAGAAGCUACAGCGAGGUCGCAAGAAAUUUCGUCAGCGGCUGAAUUCGAAGCUAGAGCAAGCGCGAAACAAUUGAUAGCUCUGCAACAACGAUUAGCCUCGUUGAAGGAUGCGGUCGCAGCUGCCCAACGAGUGGCUGCAGCGAGAGAAGCAGCUGCAGCUGCUGCCAUUCAAAGGAACGCCGCUGCAACGGCUGCAGAGUUGCAAAAACUGGACGUGGACAAGCAGAUCAGUCAAAGCGAGCAGGAAGCAAAGGAGAAAGACAUAAUCGCUGCAAAGGAAAACGCUGUCGCAAACGCUGUACAACUCGCGGCACUGCAAAAACCGACUCAUCAUCCUUGGGGCUGA